AUGCAACUAUACUGCGCCGGUCUGAUUGAUCGAUCUUCGGCCAUCAAAAUCGCCUACUACCGAGGAGAGCUAGCUGCGAGCCUUGCCGAUCAGGAUGGUGAACGACAUUCCAUGCUCUCGGUUGGACUAUCACCUUCAGAUCUGAAAACGCAUUUGGAAAAACUGACCGAUACCCAAGAACCAUCUUUGACUGAAAGUUUCACGGUCAGCUGUGUCAAUAGUCCAAGCAACAUCACGGUCGCAGCAUUACAGAAGCACCUCGAUAUUCUAUCAGCGUACCUCGGCAAGCAAGGGGUGUUUGUGCGCCAAUUGCAGGUUGGCCUGGGAUACCACUCGCCACAAAUGCGCCAGAUCUCGGCCGAGUACAUUCACUUGCUUGGAACCCUCGAGGCUGGGCCAGGAGCAAAGGGGAUUCGCAUGGUUUCCUCUGUAACAGGACGCUUACUAGAAAAAGAGGUAGCCACGACUCCGGGGUAUUGGGAUGAGAACAUGGUGUCCCAAGUCAAGUUUUCCGAGGCUGCAAGUUUCUGCUUCUCAAGUUCCGUCCAGGAUCAGUCCCAAACGACAUGGAAACUCGAUCAAAGUCACCUUGACCAUCCGCUCAUCUCUGGCAUUGUCGAAAUUGGGCCGCAUUCCACGCUCAAAGCUCCUCUUCGUCAGAUCCUGGAUUUCCAUGAGCGUUCUAAGGAGGUAUUCUACACGUCAGCAUUGGUACGCGGUAAGCCAGCUAAGGAAACGUUCUUGAAUGCAUGCGGACGUCUGUACUGCGAAAAUGCAUCCUUGAACGUGGAUCUUCUAACCAAUUGGUUUCGAGCCUCGCCUUCGGCACCCAAAGUGCUCACGCAUCUUCCUAAGUAUCCGUUCGAUCACUCAGUCCUAUACUGGGAAGAGAAUCGUAUCAAUCGAGAGAUGCGCUUACAGAAGAAUGGCUUUAACAAGUUCCUCGGUGUGCCCAUAAUCGAUGGUGCGCUCCUUGACAGGCGGUGGAGGUUGAUCCUUCGAACAGACGAGCAGCCGUGGAUCAAAGACCAUGUCAUCAACGGAGCGAACAUCUACCCAGGAGCUGGUAUGUGCGCCAUGGCGAUAGAAGCCGCAAAGCAGAUACUAUGUGAUCGCCUACCGAUGGCUUUCGUGUUAGAGAAUGUUGAGUUCAUUGCCCCCAUAUUGUUGAACGACACGCCUACCGGGACAGAGGUAGAGAUCAGUCUGACUCCAAUUAAAACGGAUAAAGCAUUGGUCCAGUAUCAAUUCCGGAUAGCUACGUGGAGGCGCGACGAGACUAGCGAGGAAGUCUGCCACGGCACAAUAUCCGCGGACUAUGGCAGAGUCGCGUCCGAAGUCGAUCCCCACAGUGAGCUUGAAAAGCUCAAUCACAUUCGUUCAGGCCAUGAGAGGGCUGAGCAGUUAUGCACACAAAAGGUGGAUAAAUUCUACGAGAACAUCAAAGCCACAUGUGGAGCAGAAUUCGGUCCUACCUUUCAGCGGCUUGAAAAUGUCUCGUACAGCGACGAAGGCGAAGUGAGGGCAUCCUUGAUUCCUUACGAGGACUACUGCAUUGUCCAUCCCGUGGUCUUGGAUGCGGCUUUUCAUAUCGCCCAGGCGAUGCCAAACAAUCGCGUCCGCACAAUGGUUCCUCGACGGGUCAAUAAGAUCUGGGUCUCGGCAUCUGGAGUAGGACACAACAGCUUUAAUGAAGUAAUCCAUGCACAGGGCUCGAUGCCUAGCCGCAGAAGUGCAGUCGCCUCUAUCUCAGUUCUUCGACAGGCAACCCACGAAGUCGCAUUGAAGAUCGAUGACUUCGAGUAUACUGCUGUUGGUGAUGAGACACUUUCCAAAGUCACAAGCGACGAACCCAAGCAUCUCGCCGCGCAUAUGAUCUGGAGGCCGGACUUGGAUCUGUUGACGACUGAUCAACUCGCGCAAUAUUGUACCCAAUACCGAGAUACGAGAGAAGAUCCUAAGGAAUAUUUUCGCGAUUGGCAAGCAGCUUCCAUUGUACUUGGGGUUCGUGCCUUGAUGGCCUUGGGGGACGAUCAACCGCCUACACCGGAGCUCGUCUCCUAUGUCUCCUGGCUGAAAGCGACAAUCGCUUCCGUUAGAAGCUCGGGUCCAAAAGAGACGGUCGACUUAAUCGAUAGCUGCAUUUACGAAGACGGUCCGCUGGAAGCGCUGUGCGAAAGAGCGGCAUCGCAAAAAGCAGGCAAGUUGUACGUUGAAGUCGGGAGAGAUCUUGGCAAGAUUUUGACUGGGCAACUCGAUCCGCUUGCUGUAAUGUUCAAGGAUGAACAACUCAUGCAAGACUUUUACGACGAGAUGCUCUACGAGUCUCGCCCAUUGAAGUCCAUGCAGGCGCUCGUGGACGUCUUGGCACAUAAACGACCCGACAUCAAGGUCCUUGAGAUCGGAGCCGGCACAGGUGGAAGCACUAAUACUAUGCUCGAAGUGCUGCACUCUUGGCAUGGACCUCGUUUCGGCCAAUAUGUCUUCACCGACAUUGGUCCUUCGUUCUUGGAAAAGGCGAGGGCGCGCUUUAGCGAUCUAGACAACAUGCAGUUUCGGCUGCUCAACAUCGAAAAGGACCCAUUAGAGCAGGGCUUUCCUGCACACGAGUUCGAUGUCAUUGUAGCUGACAUGGUGUUACAUGCCACAUCGGACCUCAGUAACACUCUGCGAAACGUUCGUAAGCUUUUGAAGCCGGGAGGUAAACUCAUAUUGAAAGAGUUGACGUCGCCCAGCAGUGUUUACACAGGAUUCGUAUUUGGUCUGUUGCCUGGUUGGUGGUUGAGUGUCGAGCCUUGGAGAGCCGAAGCAUUGAGUCCUUGCGCUGACGCAUCACAAUGGGAUGUGCUGCUGAAGUCUAACCAGUUCUCCGGAGUCGACCUGGAGAUGUGCGACUAUGGAAGCGAGAAUUGUCACAUGUGGAGCUAUUUCAUCUCCACUGCCACGGAUGAUACCGAACAGCACCAAGAGAGCCACGGGCAGCUUUCUGCACCACUCAUAGUGGCCAAGCAAGAUUCACAAGCACAGAUGCAGCUUGUCGAGCAAAUUAAUACCUGCCUACGUAUGCCGGGUAUGGCGCCAGAGACGCUGAGCUUCGAUGACGCUGUAGGUCGCACAGAUCUGGGCAGUAGAGACCUUAUCAUGUUGCUGGAAAUUGAGCAGCCUGUUCUAGUCGAGCCCACGUCGGAGUUCUUCUCAGGUCUCCAGAAAGUCCUUUGCUCCGCAAGAAGCAUCAUCUGGGUUACCCAAAAUAGCUACACAGUGUCCCCAGAGUACGGCAUCGUUACAGGUCUUAUCCGCGUUCUCCGCAUCGAGAACAACUCGACCCAAAUCGUUACGCUCGGAAUAGAGGAUCAAGAACCAACACGGACGGCAUCCAACAUUUCUACAAUUUUCAAAGCCACACAGAAAGCGCUCGACCUCCGCGUAGACGUUGAACCCGAGUACUUGGAGCAAUCAUCAUUCUUACACAUCAAUCGUGUAGUGUCCUCGAAAUUUGUCAACGAGCAUAUCUUUCGGCGAACGACGCAACCUGUUGUUGAACAGCCGGUUGGCAACCGUAACCUCCAGCUCGGUAUCCGGGCCCUGGGCCUUCUCGACACUCUGCAGUUCUCCGAAGAGAUGCCCAUAGAUGCGCACCUAGGAUCGAACGAAGUCAUCGUCCGGGUUCAUUCCAUAGGUGUCAACUUCAAGGACUGUCUAACGCUGCUCGGACGCAUAGACACAGAUGCUCUCGGGACUGAAUGCGCGGGUACAGUGGUGUACGCUGGAAGCGCCUGUGGGGACAUCCUUCCGGGAACACGAGUUGCCGUGGCCGUGUUCGAUGCCUAUCGGACCUUUGUCCGCACAACCAUGGAUCGGGUAACGGUUAUACCAGACCAGAUGUCGUUUGCGCAAGCUGCAUCGAUCCCAACCGCCUUCUGUACGGCUUAUUUCAGCCUGAUUCAGGUUGCAAGGCUGCAACCAAAUGAGAAGGUUCUUAUUCAUGCUGCAUCAGGAGGUACCGGCCAAGCUGCAAUACAAGUUGCGCAGCAAGUCGGGGCUGAGAUAUUCGCCACCGUUGGGUCGUUGGCUAAGAAGCAGCUCUUAGAGGAAGUGUACGGUAUACCGGAGUCGCACAUAUUCUACAGUCGGGAUACCUCGUUCGCUGAAAGGGUAAUGCAAGCAACGAACAACCGUGGUGUGGACGUGGUUCUGAAUUCGCUAGCCGGCAAGCAACUCCAAGCAUCGUGGGACACUAUCGCGCACUUCGGAAGAUUUGUUGAGAUUGGCCGCAGCGAUAUAGAUUCGAGAAGAACGCUUCCCAUGUAUCCGUUUAGGAAAAACGCAUCGUUCACCGGAGUGGACCUCACGUUGGUUAUUGAUGCACCAGGCAGCCGUGCGAACAAAAGCCGUGGACAGGAGAUUUCCGAGCAAGUUAUGCAACACGUCAAAGCCGGAACCUAUAAGCCGGUACAUCCGAUUCACGAGUACGGUAUUGGAAACAUCGAGCAUGCUCUUAGGUUCAUCCAAAGCGGUAAGAGCUCUGGCAAAAUCGUCGUCAACGUGUCGCAAGACUCUGUCGUGCCUGUAAGUCAUCGAUCCUCGCCUGGAAGAUACUCGUCACUAACCGUUAUGGGAUAG